GAACAUUGACCCUAAGCAGUACCCACUAUAAAGUCCUUUGCUCCACCGUUGAAAGGACAACCAAAACCAAUCAUAUAAUCGCAGAAUUCUGAUUUAUCAUCUGUUCGCGAAUCCAAAGCCAUGUCUAAGACUGUUGAGCUCAAGGUUGCUAUGUCCUGUGAAGGCUGUGUUGGGGCUGUGAAGAGGGUUCUCGGAAAGUUGGAAGGGGUAGAGUCAUAUGACAUUAAUCUGAAGGAGCAAAAGGUGACGGUGAAAGGCAAUGUGCAGCCAGAUGCAGUUUUCCAGACCGUGUCCAAGUCCGGGAAGAAGACAUCCUUCUGGGAGCAGGAAAGCGCCCCUGAUGCAACCAAAGAUAAGCCUGCAGAAACUGUAGCUGCUGCAUAAUGCUAUAUAAUCUUAUAUAGGUGUUCUAUCUUGUCAUUAUAGCUUGUUGAGCUUGCUACAAAAACCAUGAAAACUAUGGGCUGUUAAUCCGAUGUAAGAUUAAGAUCCAAUAAUUUGUGGUAUCAAAUAGUAAAUGGGUUGCUUUUGGUGGUGCUAAAUUGUUAA